UCCCCCCACUUGCGACAGCGUCAAGUGCGGCCCAGCGAGCACCAAAGCGAGCGCACUUUCUGGACGGCACAGCGGGGAGGCGGCGACAGAAAGCAUGGCUGGCCGGCUGCUGAACGACCCGGAGGCCGACGGCUGGGAGCGGAGCGACUUCCCGAUAGUGUGCAGCACCUGCUUGGGGCCCAACCCCUUCGUGAGGAUGCAGAGGAUUGAGUAUGGCGGGCAGUGCCACAUCUCCAACCGCCCCUACACCGUCUUCCGCUGGCGCCCCGGCACCGACGCGCGCUACAAGAAGACCAUCAUCUGCCAGGAGGUGGCCAAGGCCAAGAACGUGUGCCAGGUGUGCCUGCUGGAUCUGGAGUACGGCCUGCCGGUGCAAGUGCGCGACCAGGCGCUGGGCAUGGCCAACGAGGGCCUGCCGGAGAGCGACCCGGGCAAGGAGUAUGCGCUGCAGCGCAUGCAGGUGGAGGGCGACCUGGACCGCAGCCAGUACGAGACCCACAAGCCCAACGACCUGCUCAUGAAGCUGCGCCGCACCGAGCCCUACUACCAGCGCAACCGAGCCCGCAUCUGCUCCUUCUUUGUGCGCGGCGAGUGCAAGCGAGGCGCCGAGUGCCCCUACCGCCACGAGAUGCCCACCUCGGGCCCGCUGAGCGAGCAGAACAUCAAGGACCGGUACUACGGCGUGAACGACCCUGUGGCCAACAAGAUGAUGGACCGGGCCAACAAGCUGGCCAAGCUGACGCCGCCAGAGGAUCAGACCAUCUGCACGCUGUUUGUGGGCGGCGUCACGGACGACAUCAGCAAGGACGACCUGCGCGACCAGUUCUACCCCUUUGGAGAGCUGCGCAGCGUCAAGAAGGUGGCAUCCCGCAAGUGCGCCUUUGUGACCUACGCUACGCGCGGCGCCGCGGAGCGCGCGGCAGAGGAGCUGGCCAACAAGCUGGUGGUCAAGGGGGAGCGCCUCAAGCUGCUGUGGGGCAAGCCGCAGCAGCCUCGGCCGGCAGCAGAGGGCGGCGGCGGCGGCGCGGCGGCGGCGGCAGGGCCGGCCUCAGGCUACCCGCCCGCCUACAUGCCCGCGGCGCCGGGCGGCGGCGGCUACUACCCGUCCAUGGACCCAAUGGCCUUGGGCUCCCGGCAGCAGCAGCAGCAGCAGCACGGCCCGCCGCGGGGCAUGCCGCGCCCGCCGCCAGGGGGCGCGCCGCCGCCCGUGCCGGCGGCCAAGAAUUGAGCCGGGGCCGAGUGGGGCUUCAGCUUCUGCGCUUCGGCUGCCCAGCCCUCUCUGACCCUCGCAGCCCCGGACAGUUUUGUCUUGUUCCCCUGACAGCUCAAAUGACUUGAUCCCCUUCCUUGGGCUGGUGCAGUCAGCCCUCCACAGUCCUGGUUGAGACUUCUGCUCACAUGGAUGGCACUGUUUGCUUGUAACACAGCAGCAUA